AUGGUAAAAAGAUUGGGAAUAGUACAACCGGAUAGAGAAAAUGUUACGGGUACAAUUUCCAUGAUGAAUUCCCAUGAGGAAGAGUUGUCAAAAAACGACCAAUCGGUGGCCGAUUCAGGGUUGAAGACGACUUCGAAUGGGAUCAUAUUGUUUCCACAGCCUCAUGAUAACCCUAACGAUCCGUUGAAUUGGCCCAUAUGGAAAAGAGAUUUAUGUUUGUUGGUAGUGGGAUUUCAAACAUUUUUAGGGGGAGGACAGUCGCCACUUCUUGCGGCAGGGAUGCAUGAUUUGGCGGUGGAAUUUGACCGUCCGAUCACUACUAUAUCGUACUUGGUAGGGGGGUUUAUGUUGGCGUUAGGUACGGGGUCAGUUUUUGCUAGUCCCACGGCCAUUUUGUAUGGUAAAAGAAUGGUGUAUCUUUUGGGGAUCUUCAUUUUCUUAAUGGGGUCGAUUUGGGCUGGGGCGGCGCCGGAUUUUGGUAACCUCAUGGGUGGUAGAAUUCUAACUGGGUUUGGGGCCUCGCCGACGGAAUCUUUGCCCAGUGCCACAAUCGCUGAGAUAUACUUUGCUCAUGAGAGAGCCUAUAGAGUAGGUAUUUAUACCAUGUUGAUGUUGGGGGGUAAGAACAUUGUGCCAUUGUUAUCUGCUUUAGUAUUUCAAAGUUUGGAUAGGCAUUGGCUUUUCUGGAUUUUGAGUAUGUUUCUUGGAAUGAACUUAGUUUUGACUUACUUUUUAGUACCUGAAACUUUCUGGGAUAGGUCACCUAUCCCAAAUAAACGGUCAUUAGAAGAAACCAAGGCAGCGCAAGCGGCGUCUGAUUAUCAUCCACCAAGCGAAAGACCAAAUGCGUUUGCAAUGAGAAGACAAACAACCACAGAUUUGUUUACCACUGCAAGCUUGCCCUCAACCGUUACUGCGUCUAAUGCUCAUCCUUCUGAUGUUCCAAUCGGUAUUGAGACGAAUGAAGUUCCAUCAAACAUAGAAGCUAACCAGGCAGAACCAACAUCAUAUAAAGAAAAAUUAGCAUUGUUUUCCGGAAGACAUACCAUAGAUAGUUGGUGGAUGGUGGCCUUAAGGCCUUUUUUCUUAUACCUGUAUCCUUCAAUCUUGUUUGGGUCACUCAUUUAUUCGUUGGCUGUCGUAUGGUUGAUUGUGAUUUCGGAAACUAUUACAGGCAUCUUUCAAAGUGAGGGUUACGAAUAUAAUCAACAAACAAUUGGUCUAUUUUACAUUUCACCUUUUGUGGGUGGAAUCCUUGGUUCAUUAUCUGCUGGUUUAAUUAGUGAUAGACUAAGUAGAUAUUUGAUUGCGCGGAAUGAUGGAGUUUAUGAGCCAGAAUUCAGAUUAUUGAUGCUCAUACCAUCAACUUUUUUUACGUCCCUUGGAUUGAUGGGUUUUGGCUGGUCAUCUUAUGAAAAAGAUAAGUGGGUUGGCCCCGUCAUAUUAUUUGGUUGUUUGAGUUUUGGAAGUUCAAUGGCCAGCACUACAGCAAUAACAUUUGUUGUCGAUUCCUAUAAAAUGUUUGCAUCCGAAGCUUUGGUUUCAUUAAAUUUUUCAAAGAAUUUAUUGGGUUUUAUUUUUUCCUUAUUUAAUAAUGGCUUUUUUGAUGCCAAAGGGGGACGUACAACUUUCGUUGUUUACGGUGCCGUCCAAAUAUUCGUAAGUUUAUUUGGUAUACCUUUAUACAUUUAUGGAAAGAAAGUUAGAAGUUGGACGGACGACAAGGAAAUAUUAAAGUACUUAUACCACGCUGACAACAUACCUGCUGGUGUAAAUGAUAAUGGUGAUGAGUCUUUGCAUCGCUACUCUACCCAAGACGGGAAUAAGGAUGAUAAUGAAUCUUCACCAAAUACUACAAAUUAA